CGAGCUCCGGAGUCAUACGUCACGCACUGUGGGAGCUGUUAGCUCGGUUAGCUGUGAGUUGUGUAGUGAAGGCCUGGUGAUGUCGGAGUCUCUGCACCGCUGGUGUGUGGAGGAGUUACACACACAGUUCGGUCUGGAGGCCAGUGAUGAUAUCGUCCAGUACAUCCUGUCCAUUAAUAGCGUGGAUGAGAUUGAGGAGUAUGUCGGUGAUCUUCUGCAGGGAACCGAGGGGAAGAAGAAGGAGUUUCUUGACGAGCUGCUGCAGAGAUGGCGACGCUGUCAGAAGCAGCAGGACAGAGAGCCGGACCUGAUCCUCAGGAGAACCGAGGGUUCAGAUGCAACAAAAGACACUCAGAAGAAAAAACGGAAAGGUCGCAACAAACAGGAGGUGGUUUCCAUCAGUCAGGCUGAGCCCGAGCCGGAGGUUGUAAAAACUCCCAUCGAUCUGGUGAAGGCGCAAGAGAACAGCAGCAGCAGCAGCUCUUCCUCCAUUAAGAAGAAGAACAAGUUCGUGAACUUGUACGCCAAAGAGGGUCAGGACAGACUCGCUAUCCUGCUGCCCGGACGCAGCACCUGCGACUGCUUGGCUCAGAGACACAAACUGAUUAACAACUGUCUGACCUGUGGCCGGAUUGUGUGUGAGCAGGAAGGCUCUGGUCCAUGUUUUUUCUGCGGCAGUCUGGUUUGUACUCCAGAAGAGCUGGAGAUUUUGCAGAGGGACUCAAACAAAAGUCAGAAACUCCGUAAGAAGCUCAUGGGAGAUCACAUGGUGCUCGAGGGAGAUAAAGACUACUUGCCACACCAGGAAGCCAGGAUGAAGGCGGGUUUGGAGAAAGCCAUUCAGCACAAGGAUAAACUGCUGGAGUUUGACAAGAACAGCGUCCGCCGAACUCAGGUGCUGGACGACGAGUCAGAUUAUUUCGCCACCGAUUCCAACCAGUGGCUUUCUCCAGUGGAGCGCGACAAGCUGCGCAAGCGGGAGGAGGAGCUCCGGGAACUUCGUCACGCUUCCCGGAAAGACCGCAAGAUCACGCUUGACUUCGCCGGUAGACGAGUUCUGGAGGAAGGAGAGAAUCUGACUCAAUACUACAACGAGUACGAUGAGACCGUCAAGGCCAUCAACAGCGGGACACUCGUCCAAACCCCGAAGAGCUCGGCUCCAGCUGGCCGGCAAUGCCUCAGGGAGCUCGUCAACCCAAAUCUUCAGCAGGCUGCGCCUCAGUGGGUGGAUGUAGGUGGCAGCGAUGCCUCUCGCAGGUCAAAGUCGCAGAGCAGCGAGCAGAAAGAAGAGCGCUCAAGACUGAGGAUUCAGGACCGCGAGUUGCAGGAAAUGGCAGACGGAGGCUGGUGUCUCAGCAUGCACCAGCCCUGGGCCUCGCUUCUCACCUGUGGCAUAAAGAGAGUGGAGGGCAGGACGUGGUACACCUCGCACAGAGGGCGCCUGUGGAUCGCCGCUGCAGCCAAAAGACCCACGCCUCAGGAGAUCGCCCAGGUGGAGGCCAUGUAUCGGCAGAUCUAUAAACGAGAUCUGCAGUUUCCUAAAGAUUAUCCUACAGGCUGCCUGCUCGGCUGCGUCAACAUGACCGACUGCCUCUCACAGGAGCAGUUCAGGGAGCAGUAUCCUCGCAGCAGUGACGAGUCCGCCUCUCCAUUCGUCUUCAUUUGCACCAACCCCCAGGAGCUCCUGGUGAAAUUCCCCAUGAAAGGGAAACACAAGAUCUGGAAGCUGGAGAGUCAGAUUCACCAAAGUGCCAAGCGGGGGUUGAUGCAGCCAGCCUGACCUCGACAGGGCCGCGAGGACCCGAGCUUCCAGCCAUUGGGAGAAGGCGGAGCUGUCACACUACAGCGCCAUUCCUCAGGGGACGCCGUUCCCCACACGCGGGACAGAAAAGUACACACUCUGUACAAACUAUGCAUUUCCUCUUGUAAAAUUUUGGCUUGUUGAUUAAAAACGACCUGAAACGA